GCGGAGCCCGCCCCGCCCCGCCCCGCUCCGCUCGCGGCCCUACAUAGCGCGGCGGCGCCGCCGCCUUCCCAGCCCGGCCCGGCCCCGCCAUGGCCCCGGCCGCCCCGCUGCUCCCGGCCCCGCUCCGGCUCGGCGCCGCCCUGGCCCUGGCCCUGGCGCUGCUGCUGCCCGCGGCCGCCGCGCAGGAGGCGGAGGCGGGAGCUUGUCACCAGUAUACAAACAGGAGCUGUGAAGAGUGUCUGAAAAAUGUCACUUGCCUGUGGUGUGUCAGCAGUCAGAAGUGCAUGGAGUACCCUGUUCGAAGAAUCCUUCCCCCGACUGACCUCUGUGAGCUACGCUCGGCACGCUGGGGAGUCUGCUGGGUGAACUUCGAAGCCCUGAUCAUUGCGAUGUCUGUGGUGGGAGGAAUGAUCCUUAUUAUGUUGGGUGUCUGCUGCUGCUGCUGUUGCAGGAGAAAGAGCAAAAAGCCAGACAAGGAUGAUGAGAGAGCCGCUAGAGAGCGAGAGAAGAGGAGGGUGCGGCAAGAGGAGAGGAGAGCAGAGAUGAAAUCAAGACAUGAUGAAAUCCGAAGAAAAUAUGGCCUCUUCAAGGAAGAGAACCCUUAUGCAAAAUUUGAGAAUUAACAGCAUCUCCUGAUCUGCCCAGCACAGAUGAACAGUGCCCUCCUGCACAGAGCCACAAGGACUCUGGAUUUCACCUACCAAAAGCAAAUCACUGUGAUGCCACUUCCUGCUUCACUUGCCAUAAAAGAUGGGCCAAACACUUGGUGACACUGUUAUCCCCACUCUGGAUACUCAGUUUGCUCCAGUGCUUCGCUGUAGUAGCAGGAUCAAACUGAGAAAACUAGCCUUGCUCUUUUUUCCCCAUUGCAGUGUCUGGAGCACCUUCUGAAGAUUUGUGCAGGAAAACUUGGUGGCAAUAUUGGAGAACUAAACAUGUGAAUACUUCUUCUCACUCACCCCUGGGGUGCUAACUGAGUCCAAAACAAUGCAAAUAACCAUCCUUAUCCCCUGCCAAGGGCAGAAGCAACCUCGUGCAUAUUCCUUGCUCCUUCCUCACUAAAUGUCUGUUCACACUGAGUGAGACUUUUGUCUCCCUCUUUUUUUUUUUUCCUCCCCCCUCCCAGUAUAGGCAAAAGUUAGCAAGGGUUACUUGACCUGUUGGUCAGAACAAGGCCUUAGCUGUUACUCCAAGUGCCUGUACUUGUCUGUGCACAUUAGCAUUCCUUUCAAAAAGCACAAACUUCUAUCUUGGGCUUUCAUGAGAAGACCCUGCUUGCACAUUCUCACUUAGAGCUAAUCUGGGGAAACUCUACAACUCUUCUACCUCUGUGUGCCUUUCUAGAUCUUCUCCUGGGCUUCUGACAGCCAAGGCUGAUAGCAAUACUGUAGGAUUCAGAUGCAAUUGCAAUAUGUUGGCUGUGUAUUAAAUUGAUUUGAUUACUUCUCAA